CACGCCUUCCUGCUGGAGAAAUACAUUAUUUCUCGCAAGGUUCAAUCUAUCCGAUUUGUGAUCUAGGCUAGGUAACUAUCAGGUAGCCAACAUGCUGUUUAUGCACCUGUGUAAGCUUGUAUUUAAGAUAUUAACACUGCCGCUGCAGAUCGCGGAGCUGGUGGGUCUCUACUCACUGUACAAGCGCGUAUUUCCGUUUCUUGUUUACAAAAUUACUUUUACAUACAACAGCAAAAUGAAUGAACACAAACGGGAACUCUUUCGGUCUUUAGAUAAAUUUCGUCCGUCGAAUGGAGCUCUGCGGAUUCUGGAGGUUGGCUGUGGCAGUGGGGCUAACUUUGAGCACUAUCCAACUGGCUGCAAGGUGAUCUGCACAGACCCUAACCCGCACUUUCAGGAUUAUCUACAGAAGAACAUGGCGAAAAACGACCACCUGGUGUAUGACAAGUUUGUGGUUGCGUCCGGGGAGGACCUGCGUGCAGUACCUGAUGAUUCUGUUGAUGUGGUGGUGGGCACUCUCGUGCUCUGCUCUGUCCACGACAUUCGGCUCGUGUUGAAAGAGGCGCAACGUGUGCUUCGAUCCGGUGGUGCCUUUUUCUUCCUGGAGCACGUGGCCUCGGACCCAUCCACCUGGACGUUCUUCUUCCAGAAUGUUCUGCAACCCAUAUGGUACUACUUUGGGGACGGCUGCGAGACCACUCGCACAACGUGGGAACACAUUGAGAAGGCGGGAUUCAGCCAGCUGAACCUGCGACAUAUCCAGGCCCCCGUGACCUUCAUUAUCAAACCGCACAUUGUGGGCUACGCUAUUAAAUAACUCUGUCAAUCCACUAGUACACGCUUUCGCUCACAACCACCGCGCAAUCACAGUGUAACUCUGCUAGAUUGAAUAAAGUUCAAAACUAUGCUUCAGGUUUGUCAUACAAGCUAAUAACGGUCAUUGCAAAGCUGGUUCAGUAUUCCCAAGCUCCUUUCUUCCAGCAUCUCUCCUGGUCUUUUUUUACUGUGGUAGAAACCCCCCUGUCUCUCCCUGUUGCUCUGUAAUUGGUCUAAUUUUGUGAAUAAUGAGAGGGAAAUAAUUGCCAUGUUUGCUAUGUGAGGGUGACUCCUUUAGAGCACUGUAUGGAUUGACCGUUUGACAUUGUUAAGUGUGACAACACCUUUUUGAGGUGAUAACCAAUAAAGUGCUUGUUUUUUUCAGUG